AUGUGGCGUCAAGGCGAAUUCCCGCGAGAUUUCAAAGACGCAACAAUCGUGCAUCUAUAUAAGCGAAAAGGGAACCGCCAACUCUGCGACAAUUGUCGCGGCAUCUCCUCGCUGAACAUCGCCGGAAAGAUCUUCGCUCGCAUCCUCCUCAACCGUCUAGAAGAGGGUCUCCUACCGGAAAGCCAACGCGGCUUCCGUCGUCAUCGUGGGACCACGGAUAUGAUCUUCGCCGCUCGUCAGCUACAGGAAAAAUGCCAGGAUAUGCGGCCCCACCUGUACUCUACCUCCGUGGACUCGAAGAAAGCUUUCGACACGGUGAAUCGUGAAGGUGUCUUGAAGAUCAUGCAGAAAUUCAGCUGUCUUGAGCGAUUCAUGCAGGUGGUGCGUCAGCUGCACGACGGCAUGAUGGCGCGAGUCACGGACAACGGAGCUGUCUCAGAGGCAUUCGCAGUGACCAACGGAGUGAAGCAGGGAUGCGUCCUGGCGUCUACCCUCUUCAGUCUAAUGUUAUCUACCAGGCUGAUGGACGCCUACCGUGACAAGCACCCCGGGAUCCGCAUCGCCUACAGUAUGGAUAGUCACCUCCUCAAACAACGACGGAUGAACUUCCAGUCGCGCCUAUCCAAAACCACUGUAUACGGGCUUCUCUUCGCCGACGACUGCGCCCGCAACACCAACUCGGAAGCGGACAUGAAAAGGAGCAUAUAUCUCUCCUCCGCCGCCUGCGGUCUGGUGAUCAACACGGAGAAGACGGUGGUUAUGCAUCAACCGACACCCAACACAGCCCCUCUCCACAAUGCGCUGAAGAUCAGCGUGAACGGAACAAAACUGCAAGUGUUGGACAACUUCCCAUACUUAAGCAGUACCCUCUCCCGCAACACCAAAAUCGACGACGAAAUCGCCCGCCGGAUAUCGUAG